AAUGACGUCGACGCUUCUUGACUGUUUUGGCUGCAGCUUGCUGUGGGUUGCCAGCGAGUGGAUCAUUUCCUAUGCGUUCAAGUUGUGUCGCAAACAUACGACCACGCACUCUGAACUUGCAAACAUGCGUUUUCUUCCGUUUAGGGAGAAAUGCUUCGAGGAUGCGCUUGAAGCGAAAGGCCGGUCUACCUGGUGACACAUGGAGGUACUGCGUAGAAAGGGAACGACUCGCCGAGAAGUCGGAGUUGUUCCGCGCAAUGCUCGUCGGCCCUCUUGCACCUGAGCCAAGCGAUCCGCCGCCACUCCUUAAGUUGCAGCACAUGGAGAAGCGCGCAUUUGAUUAUUUGUUCAGAUAUCUUCUCGGCAAGCCGAUAAAUUUCCAAUCCGUGUCAACGGCUAGAGCUACCCUCGACGCAGCUCACCAAUAUCUGUGUCCGGAGUUGGCGUACCUUGCUGUCGAGUAUCUCGAAGCGAAUUUAAAUCCGACUACCGUGCUCGAGAUCUAUCAAGGACUCAGCCUCUACGCAAGUCCAAUACCAUCAGACACCUCUAGAUCGUUUAAUUUACCUACGGCACCGCCGGCCCCUGGAGACGAUGCUGGAGAAAUAGCCGAAGUUUGCACCCGACUCCUUUACGCCUGUUUGGACGAAAUCGAUUCGCAUUCGGAGAUCGUGUUCAGCCAGGAAUACUUUGAAGAGUUGAACGCGACGGAGGUCGAACAAUUAGCAUGCCGCAACACCCUCAAAUUGUCCAACGAAUCCAUCCUGUUCUACGCGCUGGAUAGGUGGGCAGCGUCCGAAUGUCGCAGGCACGGUGUCGAACCUUCGGCCAGCAACAGAAGGUCCACGUUGCCUGAGAAGGUAUGGUACAGUGUCCGGUAUCCUUUAAUGACCGACAGAGAGUUCAUCGAGGGUCCUAUGACCAGUGGAAUACUCUCCAGCGAGGAAUCCGCCGCUAUCGUUGCCAGGAUACUUGGGCAUACUCAAAUUCAAGAGGGAGAAGAGCUGAGAAGUCCCGUUGCUGGACCACUGUCCAGGUUGUCGAGUGCUCCUAGGAUCACUGCUAAGGCUUGCGAAAAUCGAGGUUGUAUGACGUCGAAAUCGGGGAAGAAAGAACGGCAAGACAAUCGAAAUAACUGGAGGAAGGAAUGCGCGACACAGGGACAAAGAACUUGCGUGAGGAUUGGCACUUGCAUUUUGCGAGUUCUUGCCUGUAUCUUUGACUGAAUUAGAUUAAGAUGCCAAAAUGGCACGAAGCAGAAAAACCAACGGGAAGUCCAAUCGGAAACCAGCAUCUUUUCUAUUGCGUUCUUCUAACGAGCUUUGAUUCAUUUUCGACAUCAGUUACGUAGACCAGUUAACGGACUGCAGAUUUUUAUGCGAGUAUAUAGUUUUUUCUACAUUAUUUUUUUAAGUAAAAAGAAUCUGUGUAAAUUCGAAACUGAAAUGAAAAUUUUAUUAAAGUUUCAUUGAAUUAUUUGUUUUGGCACACUUGGCGUAUUCUCAAACAUUAUAAUCGCAUAAAUAUCAGCAGGUUUAGCGGUUAAGAAUGAAUGUGAAACACUUAAUAUAAUUUAUUAACAAACUACCAGAGCUUUUCAACGAAUCGAUCCAAAUAUUUUCAUAAGGAAAUGUGUAAACAGUGACUAGUAAAUAUUUGAAAGUGCUUAAUUCCACUGGAACAUGAUUAGAUUCAGAAUUGGGCACCAGCUGAAGAAACGUUUGAAUUUGCUUCAUUUACUAGUGAAUCGUCAAAAAUUGUGGUUAAUUUAAUCAAUAGAUAAAACUAGAUGUCAAUUAUUUAUCAAUUAUAAUAGAACUACAAAUAAUGUUAAUGCAGUUCCUUGACCAAUUUCCACUAAUUAACGAACAGUGGAAACUUACUGUUUUUAUAAAAAUGAUUUAGUAGGGUAGGCCGUGCGAUCUGUUGCAUGAUGAGAACUGGUAUAAAUUUUGUUAAUAAAUUACACACGUCAUGAUUAUUUCAUCAGAUUUAUUGUUUUGAUAACGUCUCUAAUGGUAAAAUAACAACAAGAAAAUUCAAUAGAAAUGUGUUUAUUUAUAAUGGUGCUGCAACACACAUUUAUUUGGUAGUUCAUACAUUUUUUUUGUGAAAAGUAUUUUAAUAAUUCUAUUAGUAAUUCUAUUAAUAUCAGUUGAUUUGAAAACUUAAUUGUUAACUGAAAUUGAUAAUCAAAUAUUUUAAAUGAAUUUAGAUGAAUUUUUCUUGACUAUGAGUAACAGUUUGAGUAAUUACAAUCAAAUAAUUCUCCACAAUUUUAAUAAUCGCCCAUUGCAACUGAAUUGAUCUUUUGAUUUGAUUAAUUAUUAAAUAUUCUUUGUAGUCAAUGGCGAUUGCGCAUCAAUUGAAUGAAUAAUUUAAUCCAUAACUGUGACUAAUAAUCCAAUAUUACACUUGCAAUCAUUAAUCACUAGUAACAUUAAAUACAGCCCAAUUCUGAUUCAAUAAAUCUUUGCCUCCAUUUCGUGAUAAAUGAGCGAUAGGAGGCUAAAGAAUUAGUUAACAUUUAAUGUUUCAUUGCGAUUCAGCAUGUUUGUUUAGGCGAAAGGGUUGUUUGAUUGUUAUUAACUUGCGUGGAGUUUUCGAUGAUCGUUUUGAUAUCAGUUCUUCUAUAAAGUGAACUUUACCAUUUACAAAUUUUAUUACUUGAAUAUAUUUAUUUUAAGGCACGCCAAAUGUUGGUCUUAGACGAAAAGUGUUGCAACCAGUUUAACAUAACUGCGUGAAUAAUUGUUCUAAUAUCUAUGUUAUUAAUUCCCUCGAUCGUUACGAUAUAACUACCGUGAUUUUAAUAUUUUAUACCGAUACCAAAGAAGAAUUUCAUUUAUGUCUCCAGAUACGACAUGUAAACAGUAUUUUUAUAUGAAUGUUUCAAGGUUUAUAUGGUUUUAUCAAGUCUAAAUGAUUAUGCUUUGAAAAGUGUUCUGAAAUACCAAACGACACAUUGUGCAAACAUUUAAUGAAUUUUUUUAACAUGCUCGACUACGAGUUCUCGAAAGAACGUUUAAGUAUCUAUGAUUCUAAUUAAUUGAGUACACAAUGCCCAUCAGAAAUAUUUAUAUAUUUUUAGAACUCACACAUUAAAAAUGACAUUAUUAACACAAUUAGCCAAAGUUGUACGUUUUGUAAGCAAAGACUGCCAAUUUAGUUACAAGAUCUGUCUUUCAAGAAAACUAUCGCUCAUUUGCUAUGGAUUUGCACAUGAAUUCUUGUCAACAAAUUUGGGACAUAAUCCUGAAGUAAAGUGAUUUGAAAUUUGCGUGUGCAAAACUUGCACUACUUACCAAUUUUUAACUUUAUUUUGUAGGGACAGUCAAAUUUUUAAUUUUGGAAGUUUUUUGUGCUUCGAAGAUAAAAGCUGUACAAAUAUUUCCUUCCAUAGACUUUCUUAAACGCAGUCAUGCAUAGCACGGUAUAAACAUGUCAGUAUAUUUAAGUAACAUUUAAAACUACAUUUUAUCUGCGUUUUAAGACAAAGUCGCAUGAAAUUAUGGUUCCUGGAAAUCAUUAGACUCCGAUCUGAAUGACGUUUUACGGAAAUUGUUACUUGUAUAGUAAACAAAGUGGCUCUAAUUACACGCUUCACUCUGUAUAAUGAAUUCAAACAGAAAUGUACGAUAAGAAAAAUUAUGCGAAAGAGAUAGACCACAUGAAUUGCAUUGUGUGAAUUAUUUUGCUUUUGUAUGAAUACUUUUGCUGCCUAUUAUAUAUACAUAUAAAAAUUCCUGUGGAGACACCAUUAGCGAGUGUAUAUGGCGUGAGAACCUACAGGAAUUUUUAGUUUCUCGUUGCCACAAUUUAGCAUGUAUCUAUUACCGCGGUGUUCUCUAGGUUCGUUGUGUUCAUAGUUGCUGUUCUGAGUACAUAUAUAGGAUUUAAAUUAUUAGUUAUAGCGCGGAACCAUGGCUGGUCCGUGUAAUUGUGCAAAGUCUAACAACGAAGAUUUCGCGUUCGCAGAACUUUUGUCUAGAUCGAAACGUUGAUUACAACAUUAUGGGAUUGUUUUAUUUCAGGGUUAACGAGAAAGUCGCUCUCAUAUUUCUUUGAUUGAACUGCUAGAUCUAUCAACAAGUACUGUCUAUUUUUUUUAAGUUAAACUCUCAUACAUCGAACUUCGAAAGUAGGUAAAAAACGAUUAUGACAUUAUUUCGCCCUUUUAUAUAUGCUGUAACCUGUAGGAAACGACAAUUUACGAAAUGUAAUAGUCAAUUUGGAAUAGCAAAAGUAUUUAGUUUAUGCAGUAGCAUAAUUAAAAUAUCUAAAAAUAAUAUAAAGAUUACGAGAUCCUAGAAACACUAGCGAGUCAAUAUAUUCAACAAUUUUUUACAAAAACAUUUUUAUAGUUCCAGCUUUCUGGUGGUUCCAGCUUUUACUCUAAAAGAACAGAACUUUGUGCUCUUAUUUUGUGAUCAUGAUCAAAUUGCGGCAUUAUCCAGUGACCUGAAGUAGAAAAAUCCUGCAAGUUACGGACAAUAAUAUGUGGAUCAAUUGACGCUUUCGAUAUAUUAAUUAAUAUUGUUUAACAGUUUGCGAUCGCUUAUCUGAGAAAAAAAAAUCCAUAUUUUUAAAAUAUAAUUUAUAAAAGGAAAUUAAACAGGAAUUACAUAUCCCUUUCAAAGAGAACUUAUUUAUCACUAAUUAAUUUCUACUGAAAAAUUUGUUAUUCUAACGUGUGUAAAAAAUUGGAAGCUUAUCGAAAUCUACAGAAGUUUCUCGACACAACAUCGGCAUUCGACUUUUAAAAAUUAAACAAUUUAAUAAUUUAAUUUCUUGCAAAACAAUGCAAAAUUAACGAAAUGCUUGAUGUUCUACUAAAAGUGUUCGUUAUAUUGCGUGAGAUACAACUAUAAAAUCGGUUGUAACUCUCAAAUUUCGCAUUCAAAUUUUCAAUAUACGGUAUUAUUGAUCUGUACAAAAUUUUCGUUUUGCCGCGAUGUACAACAAAUAUAUAUUAUAUACAAAUGCGCUAUAACAGAGUAAAUGUUGGUUAUCCAAUCGUUAGCUUUCAUUAAUCAUUUUACUACGAUUCUUAUAUCACCCAAAAAAAUUGUUUGUUAUGAACAUUGUAUUGAAAGUAACGUAUGCAGUGUGUUCGAAUCAACUCUGUAAAUUCGAUUUAGCUUUAGAAAAUUAGCGAAAUUUAAUGUUUCGUCGGUUUGUAAGGUUUACAUAAUAGUUUUAUUCUCUGUAAUUUUAAUUCCUGUUAAAUGUUUCUUCUUAAAUUAUUGAGAACUAAAAACGCCAUUCACUCAAAAUGGUUCAAUUUAAUGGAGUUCAAAAAAUUUCGAAUUUGGCACAUAAUUUAUUGUGUAAUAAAUUAAUACAAGUCAACCAUCUAUCAGAUACUAAACGCGAAAUUUAAAUUUUUGUUUACACUUGUAACGUCAAAUACAAAAUACGGAAUGACUGAAUUUUUUAGCAGAUUGUAAAUUGGUAAUUAUCAAGGUAGAAAAACUUGCUUAUUUCAGAUACCCUCGGUUUAAUUCUGAUACAUAUUUGCUUUACUUUUUAAAUCAAUAAAUUAUGUGUUAUUUAUAAUGUCAGAUUUUGGACGUACAACUUGUGAGACAAAUCGAAAGUUUUAGAAUCUAAAAAUUUUAAAAAUGACCAGAUGUGUAAAUUUUCACCUCAAGAAACGUGUACGGAUUAUAAGACGAUUCACUAUUUCACGAAAUCCUUCAAAAAUUCUUCUAAUUAAUAAUCAAAAAAAUUUAUGAUACUGUUGAUAAUUACUUCCUCCGUUAAAUUGAGCAAUUUUUAUAAUUAGCGCGUAUAAAUUGAGAUGUAAUUUGUAAUAGACUUUAUAAUUAUAUAAGUUGUAUUGGUUAAUGCGCCGCAUAUCGAUGCAAAAGUUACGAGUUAAUUACUCGGCCAUGAAUUAUCGCAGUCUUUACUCACGGUUUACGGCAAUUAAUAUAUCUCGCGAUCGCAAAAUCAUGCAUGACCGCGCGUAGGCGUGUUCUGUCGUUACAAUUAUACUUUAGUCAUUAAUCACCUGUUGCUAUUUGAUCGGUUAAAUUUUAUUCGCGGCGACGUUGCUGUCAGAUUACGUUUUAAGAUUGAAUGUUUCUCUAAUAAAUGUCACUGAGUCUAUUGUGUGUUAACGAUUAUUUAUAAGUUGCACGAUCGUCGUAGCGCGAUUAAUUAGUAAAACCGAAGCAUAAGCGUUUUAAAUUAGUCUCGCAAAAAGCCGACCGGAAAUGAUUGAAAAUGAAGAGUAAAAUUCGCAGAUGUAAGAAUACAUGACAAUGCAAAUAAACUUUGUGCAUAUACAAUCCA